AUGUUCACAGAAAAGAAUACUGGAACCAAUCUCCCAGCCCAAAUUGAAAUCUACUCGACGGACGGAAGUGAUUAUAACUUCCUAUUCAUUGCUAAAGGGGGUGGAUCUGCUAACAAAACAUUCUUAUUCCAACAAACCAAAGCACUUCUAAAUCCAGACAAACUUUAUUCCUUCAUUGGCGAAAAAAUCAAGACUUUGGGAACCGCCGCUUGCCCACCGUACCACUUGGCCGUCGUUAUCGGUGGCACUUCAGCUGAAAUGACUUUGAAAACAGUCAAGUUGGCCUCCUGCAAAUAUUUGGAUAAUUUGCCUACCACCGGUAAGUUGAUACCCGGAAUAUUCUUGCUGUGUUGGAUUGUCAUAUAUGGUAGGAAUUCUUGGGAGUUGCGGAAAUAA